AUGACGAUCACCACGCCUAUCACGGAGCUCUUUGGCAUCCAGCACCCCGUCCUCCUUGCCGGCAUGAACGUCGCUGCGGGCCCCAGGCUUGCGGCGGCGGUUUCGAACGCUGGUGGCCUCGGUGUAAUUGGCGGCGUUGGCUACACCCCCAAGCACCUCCGCGGCGUCAUCAAGGAGAUUAAGGAGGGACUCAACAGCCCUGACCUCCCCUUCGGUGUCGACCUCCUCCUCCCCCAGGUCGGCGGCUCGGCACGCAAGACUAACUACGACUACACCAAGGGCAACCUUGACGCUCUCAUCGACGUUAUCAUCGAGGAGAAGGCCAAGCUCUUUGUGUGCGCUGUCGGUGUGCCCCCCAAGCACGUCGUCGACAAGCUCCACAAGCACGGCAUCCUCGUCAUGAACAUGAUCGGCCACCCCAAGCACGCCGACAAGGCGCUCGCUGUCGGUGUCGACAUUAUCUGCGCACAGGGCGGUGAGGGUGGUGGCCACACUGGCUCGAUCCCCACCUCGAUCCUCAUCCCUGCCGUCGUCGACCGCGUCAAGGGCAAGACCUCGCCCCUCACCGGCAAGCCCAUCUACGUCGUCGCUGCCGGUGGCAUGGCUGACGGCCGCGGCCUCGCCGCCGCCCUCAUGUGGGGCGCCCAGGCCGUCUGGGUCGGCACCCGUUUCGUCGCUUCGGUUGAGGCCGGCGCGCCCAAGAAGCACAAGGAGCUCAUUCUUUCCGCCGACCACGGCGACACUAACACCACCCUCAUUUACACCGGUCGUCCCCUCCGUGUUCGCCGUACCGACUACGUCAAGCAGUGGGAGGGCCGCCAGGACGAGAUCAAGUCUCUCACCUCGCAAGGCAAGCUCCCUCACGAGGUCGAGCUCAGCAAGAAGCCCGAGCUCUCUCUUCCCGGUCGCCCAUGGAAGAUCAUCGACGAGAUGGUGGCCACUGCGGAGGUGCAGAUCAAGCGCGGACAGAGCUUCCUCACCGGCGCCAAGCUCUAA